GUCCACGUUACACUAUUGGUUAUCCAACAGUUACGAGCUCUUUGCAGAAUGUGGAUCGCACCAGAUGCAUAUAUACAAAUGCUCUGGGAGCGUCAAACCAGUAAGUACUCGCCUUCGCGCUCGUACUCAAAAGCCCGUUAUCAAGGAUCCAUUCCAUCAACGCAAGAACAUGGAGAUCUGAGAGUUCCAUAUUGGCAAUGGUGCUACCAGGAAAAUAGGUGCGAGGCAUGCAUACUCGCCCGUGUAGGCAGCGACGUUUCUACCCUGCUUGCCCUCCGUGCUUCGCUGCUCUCACGCGUCAGAUAUUGGUGGGAGGAGCCUCGUCUAUUGCGGUGGGUCGAAGCGUGGAUUAAAAAUGCUGCAAAAGAUGCAGCAGAUGAGCACGCAAUGUUGAAAUGGAGCGAUGAACAAGGUCAUCUACUUCAUGUGGUAAGGAAGGAGGGAAAAGCUGCGAAUAGAAAACGGAGAAGUCAGAAUGCAAAAAUGGUGAAGGCAACGCGACAAAGAACAGUCAUUUCGAAUUCCGCGAAUUCGAGCCAGCCAAAUCAAAAUUUUCAUUCGCAUUGUCAGCAGAGUAGCGACGAAGAAGAUCUUUGGGAGGGUUGGUCUCAUAUCAACACCGAGGAGGCACAUUGCAACAUUGGAUAUGAACGAGGUGCGCAAAGCCAAGUUGGCAGUAAAUUUGGGGACUGGCAAGAUUACAUGCAGACAGCAAUCGCAGCCACAGUGGAGACGGAAGAGGGAACUAUAAGCCAAAAGGGUAGGGAUAAUCAAACAGAUACACGGAGACGUUUUUGCGAGAUUGGGUUUCAAGCAGGAGGAGUAAGGACAUAUCCAAUAUAGAUCGGCGAAGAAGUAGAGUCCCGUGAUAAUCACGACUGUUCGCUGCAUCGCAAUUGAAUCAAAGGUUGACUUAUAUCGGACUUUGAAGUGUAUUUAUUUUGGGCA